UUGGAACCAUAUUCUGAAUCUUUCUCCACUCUCAGUUACUUUCUGGAUUUCAUUCUUAUCUCUCUCUCUCUCUCUCUCUCUCUCUCUCUCUCUCUCUCUGUCUUUCCUUCAGACUUUCUCUCCAUGUCCAGAAUUCUCUCCCUCUAUCUCUCUCUCUCUCUUUAUUUUCUUUUUUUUUGGUCUUUUUCUCUUUCGCGUUUAGUUCUUUCUGUUAUUUUUUUAUUUCUUUUUUCUAUUUGUUGUCUUCGUCUUUACUUCGUCUUUUUCUUUCCGACUUAUACACCUAUUCCUUUCUUUCUUUCUUUCUUUCUUUCUUUCUUUCUUUCUUUCUUUCUUUAUUUAUUUAUUUCUUCAUUUAUUUCUUCAUUUAUUUUGAUUUUCCUCUUUGCCGCAUACACCUUUUCCUUUUUUUCUUUGCAUCCUUCUUUCUUUCUUUUUAUCUUACUUGUCCAUUUUUGCAUUCCUCUUCUUUUUAUUGAGAAUUUCAAGGUUUUCUUUCUUUCUUUCCUUCUUUUUUUUAUUAUUGAUUUCCCUUUUGUCACAUAUAUAUAUAUUCCUUUAUCUUCUAAACUUUCUUUCUCUCUGUCUUGUCCACUUUUUCGUUUCUUCUUUUUAUUGAUUUCUCUUUUUGAUACAUACAACUUUUUUUCUUUCUUUCUGUUGUUUUUUUUAUUUUGUCACAUACGUUUUCUUUCUUUCUUACUUUCUUUCUUUCUUCCUUCCUUUCUUUCUUUCUUUCUUUCUUCCUUUUUUCUUUCUUUCUUUCUUUCUUUCCUUCUAUUGUUUUCUCAUUUUGCCACUAAUCUCCCUUUUUGUCAAAUACACACCUUUCCCGCUUCUUUCUUUUCCUUUCUUUCAUUUGGUUUCUCUUUUUACACCUUUUUACUUUCUUUUCUCUCUAUCUUUUUUUUUCCUUUUAUUGAUUUUCUUGUUUGCCACAUACGUCGUUUUCCUUUCUUUCUUUCUUUCUUUUUUCUUUCUUUCUUUCUCCUAAAUUAUCACCUUUCUUUCUUUCUUUCUUUCUUUCUUUCUUUCUUACUUUUUUCUUUCUUUCUUUCUCUUUAUAUUGGUUUCUUUUCUUCUACCUACACUAUUCUUUCUCUCUGUUUAUUAAUUUCAUCUACACUCCUUCCCAUUCUUUUUUCUUCCCACCCUUCUUUCUUUCAUUCUCUAAAACAAAACUCGGCUAACCGACACGAAUGCCGUUCUCACACUUUGUAA